CCCAGAUUUCGUCACAGGUCUUCCUCGCGGCCGAAGCGGAGUGCACAGCCACAACGCCGACCUGUCUGCUGAUGCUCGCCUCAUAUACUAUCUGAUGUAAGCAACCCGAGCGGCUCAGAUUCUAACUCGCUCUUAUCGGAACCCGUCACUCUGAAACUCUGUAAAGUUUUGUCCCUUGUGCUUAGACCGCCCUCGUGCGACGCUUUUCGUCAGGAACGCCCGCGCCCAUCAUGGAUCAAUGAUAUUAACAAUCGUGCACCUGCAAGCUGCCGGCCGAUGUCGAGACCGCUCAGGCGUGUGGCUAGCUACCUGAGGUGGCGUUAGGGACCAUUCGUUAUACAACGCUUAUAUUGAAGAGCUCAUACUUUCCACCACGUCAUCUUGGUGCCCUUUCGCACAUCCAUCCAUCUCAUCAUAUCACAUCAUAAAUGUAUUGGGACGAUGCAUGAUGUCAGUGCAGGGACUCCAAAGCCCCAAGUAUGGUCACCACACGCAGCCAGGAAGCCUCCGAGUCGCAGGUCGAAGACCCUAUCGCGCGGGCCCCAGAUAAUCUCUCUCGGGCAUCGGCCCCCGGGACAUCCAUUCUCAAACCAGCAGCGCCCAGCGACAGCGAGAACAUCGAUCCCAAUGUGGAGUCCCACGAGGUGGACCGCAAGACAGUGCAGAUCGAGCCCAGUGUGGUCAAAGUGGAAGAGAUACCAGCACAGAGCUCGGCGUGAUCUGCUAAGUCGCCUUCGGUGAGAAAUCGUCGCCAGGAUGCGACUAUUUCAAAUACCUACAAGCAGCUAUACAUCUCGGCCAAUCACGAUCGCCUGCAGUUAUAGCCGAAAUUGUUUACUUCGAUACCCCACCCCAAGAAUCAAUUGUAUGAGAUCCUGAACGGGGCUGGUGUAGAGACUCGUCUGGACAGCUCCCCAAGGGGAAGAACUCAUGCUGCGAGGGACCGUGUGCAUGAACAAUCGCACGCCGAUCUGGUAGUUCGGAGAGGAGGUUUCGAAAUACACGUGAUGAUAGGUGCAUCUUUUCAUUGGCUCGCUCUCGCACAAGUGCCCUAUCUUUGAUUGGCUUCAUGUCGGUCAAAUCUCACUCGAUAAACUGGCCACAAUUGGGGCUAUCCGGUCGAGUGCUAUGAUGUGCAUUAAAAUGUCGACGACAAAGGAAGCGGCUUUCCGCCCGAGCCUCAGCGGGUUAUUAUUU